CAACCUCCACAAUAAGACUCUCCCCAGCUCUCCCCUGAAGAGAAACAUUACCAUGCCAUGUCAGCCUCCUCUUGCCAUUCCAUCUUCUGUCUGGAACAACACCUCAAACAAGUCUUGAAGGUAGUGCGACAUUCUCUAGCAUUCCGGCUUGCUUCCACAUGAGCCAACACCACAUCGAAGCACUCGCAAGAAAGAGAUACUGUGCAGAAUGAAUGCUUCAGCAUGCUUAUCCGGCAUCCGCCCGCGCCUUCGUCUAUUGGCUCUGGUACCAGUGGUUGUUAUCGCUUAUAUUGUUACCGUCAUUGCCAUCGACGAGUUCUUCUUCGCCUCCAAUAGGAUCGUCAUUAAAAGCGCCCCCGUUGACAAAGUGGGCAGACACGCCCAAUCGAUAGUUGGCACCGAAAAUGAAGACCCUGAACCGACAAGAUCCGUUCAACUGGACAUUGAACGGGUGAUUAAUAAGACGCUGGGGUUUGAAAAAGUCAUUGCAAUUGGAUUACCGGAGCGAUCAGAUAAACGAGAUGCGUUGGAACUCAUGGCAUCGCUGACUGGCUUUGAUAUCGAAUGGGUUGACGGCGUAAAGCCAUCCAGCAUCCCGAGCAAAGCCGUACCAUAUGGAAUCGAUCCCUCUGCCAUACAAGACAACUUCCUUGGAAGUUGGAGGGGCCAUAUGAAUGCAAUUCGACAAGUUGUCGAGCAGGAGACUGGAUCAGCUCUUAUCAUGGAGGAUGAUAUGGAUUGGGACAUCCAUCUCAAGUCUCAGCUCCGCAAUGUUGCGCGCGGAGCCCGCCAGAUUCUGCAAGAGCCUUCAGAGCUGCCUCACUCCCCAUAUGGAGAUGACUGGGAUGUCUUAUGGCUAGGCCAUUGUGGUGAACCUUUCCCAGAGACCCUGGAGGAGAACGCUGGAUUGCCGUCGGAGCGUAUAGAACAAAUGUCAGCCAAGUACUUCAUCCAAGACGACGACACCGUCCCGCCAUACAACCAAGUGUCACAGCUCGUGGACUGGUCUCAAUACCAGCCGCAGACGAGGAUCGUCCACAUGUCUGCGGCGCCUAUUUGCACCUUUGCGUACGCCGUCUCUCAAAGAGGAGCGAGGAAAAUCCUCUACGGCUUGAGUGUGGAUGGCCUGCAUAUGGCAUUCGACAAUUCACUUGCACAGCUUUGCAGAGAUGCCAUGUAUGGGCUGGGCAGGAAUCAAAGCAGCGCACUCAACAUGAAGUGCAUCAGCGUCAAUCCCACCAUCAUGUUCCACCACAAAGCCAAGGGAUUGGUGGCCUCCGGCAGCGACAUCCAGAAUGUUGGGGGGGAUGGCAGUGUUCGUGAAAAGGGCGAGACAGAGUCCAUUCGGUGGAGCAUGAGAUUGAAUCUGGAGAAUAUCCUGGCCGGCAAAAGGUUGGAGGCGCAGUUUUAAUACGAUGAUAUAAAUAGUAUAGCAUGCGACUUUGACAUGAUCUGUGGCAGUGUAAUGCGCCCAAAUGGCGACAUGCCUUUAAUUAAAUUAAAAUUGCUUGCCAAAUUACAGUUCUCAUCGUCUUGAUACAAUUCACUGUGUGAGUCCCAACUCGUUGCCCGCCAAAUCAUU